CACAACACAGCCUCCACCUCUCAGACCUGGCACUGCCAAAAACACUGCACCCAGCUUCACUAAUCUUGCAGUUCCACACACUCGGAUCUGUCCUCUGAGACCUGGCACUGCUACACACAGUUUUCCUCCACUAGCAAUAUCCUAUGCCCAGCAUUCUGCACUCAAACCCAUCCCUGACAAAAACACAGCAUCAUUUAUUCAGACCUGACCUUGCCAAUUACAAUGCACCUCCAUAAUUGCUUGCCACUGCUAUAAACACUGCACCUAUUCACCUCUCAACUUGCUGUGCCACAGAGACGGUGCCUCUCCCCACGCCUUGGAUUAUCAUUCACACAGAACUGACAGCAUAUCCAUGUACGUCAAAGAAAGGCUAUACAUGGAAAUCAUUUAAUACACCUAGGACUGGCAGGUUGUAUCCAGAAGGUCGGGAUGGAGACAGCAGGGUCUCUAGAGAAGGAGUAUGUUCUUGUAGAAUAUGAGUUUGAAUAUACAGCAAAAGAUGGAACAGUGGUCUCUAUCAAGCCCAAUGAGAGGUAUAUACUUCUAAAAAGGACAAAUGAGCACUGGUGGCAUGUAAGUCUUAAUAAUAAGUCAAAACCUUUUUAUAUCCCAGCUAAAUAUGUCAAAGUACUGCCCCAUAUUUAUCAGAGAACAAAUGACUCUCAGCCUGUCGUGAAUCAGCCUGAGAAGAAAAGGGAAAGUUUAAUGGCUCCCCAGUAUAGUUAUGCUUUUCUGCCACCUGAGGACACCUUUCCAGAAAUAACAAUACAGCAUGCUGUUACUGGUAACACCUUGCCAGCAUCCAAAGUGCCACAAGCCACUUCUGGUAGCAAAUUGCCAGCAGCCAAUGUACAGCAGAUGAGUUCUGGUAGCUCACUACCAACAGCCAGUACACAACAAGUUAAUACCUUGCCAGCAGCCAGAGUCUCACAGACCGCAUCUGGCACCAAGCUGCCAGCAACCAGUGAGCAGCAGAUCAGUUCUGGUAGCUCACUACCAACAGCCAGUACACAACAAGUUAAUACCUUGCCAACAGCCAGAGGGCCACAAGCUAUUUAUGGUACAAAGUUGACAUCAACCAGUGUGCAGCAAAUCAGUACUGUUAACACACUUCCAACAGCAUGUGUACAGCAGGUUAACCCUAGUAAUAAACUGCCAGCAGUCAAUGAGCCAAAGGCUAAUGCCAGUCAUACCCUGCCAGCAUUCAAUAUCUCCACAGCAGGAUCUGGUGAGCAGAAGGCUUCUGUGAGUAAUACCUUGCCAGUAUCCAGUGUGCCGUCAUUAAAUGCCAAUAACACCUUGCCAGUAUCCAGUGUGCCGUCAUUAAAUGCCAAUAACACCUUGCCAGCAGGUGUGCUAAAGCGGGUGGGUGUGGGUAAAUCUAUGCCAGAAGCUGGUGCAAAGCGUAUCUCAUUUCUCUCUAUGUCAGAAGAUUCUGUGGCAUUUAUUCCAACAGCUGAAAACACAGAAAAACAAGAUUUAAUGUUUAGCCCUUUAAGAACAUUCCAUAACUCCAAGAAAAUUCUCAAUGACAAAAAGCGCAUCAGCUUCCUGAGCCCAAUGGACAAUCAACCCAACCUGAGAUCUACCCAAUCCCUCAAUGAUCUUGAGAAAAUACAUUUGGAGACACCAGCACAGUCAGCUAAAAUAAGGGAAAGUACUGCAUCUUUAACCAUAGUGGAGGAUUACAAAAAAGAACGUGAAGCAGCCAGGCCCCAAACUGAGGCAGUUAAGGAAGAAGAGGAACCUGUGCCGGUUUAUGUAAACAUAGAGGAAUUUCGAAAAGAGAGUUCCAGAGGAAGAGUCAAUUCUCAACCUCACAGUUCAACUAGCACAUUUGAGGAAUGGGAAACGCACACUGACGAGGAAAGUGGCCAGCUAUUUUAUUAUAACAGUUUAACUAGAGAAACCACGUGGGAUUCCCCGUUUGAUCAAUCAGAAGAACAAACCCACUCUCCCAUUUCCUCACCAUCCCCAAGUCUAGUGUUGUCUGAAAGUGACUGGGAGAAACAUUUUGAUGAAGUUACUAGACAAUUCUACUUCUAUAAUUCAGUGACUGGUGACACGUCCUGGGACCCUCCUCCUGAUGAAGACUUGAAUUUACCAGAAAUGAAACCAGUUUUGUCUUCAUACAGAUCAAUGGAAAAACGACCUCCAACGCCAGAAGCUGAUUAUCCUGAGUAUCCAGAUGACAUUUGCAAUUACCCAGACACAGACUAUCUUGACAAUCAUGAGCACUUUGAGCCGGUCUUCCCUGGAAAUACAUCAGACGAUCAGACCACUGGAUGGUACUCGCAGAUUGGCAAGGAAGGGAAGACAUUCUACAAAAACUAUUCUAAUGAAACUAUAAAUUAUCCACCUGACCCCUACAGGGCACGGAGUGAAUCUGACUCAGACAACAAGAAUGUGAGCACCUGGCACAUUGCAAGUAGACAGACAGAGUCAAAGGGUCUUGUGAAAGCGGGAGUUCUUCAUAAAACAAAAAUAGCUGAAAAUGGUAAAAGAAUUAGAAAAAGCUGGACUUCUUCAUGGACAGUACUAGAGGGAGAUAUAUUGACAUUUUAUAAGGACGGUAAAAAUCUUUCCUCAAAUAGCUUGAAGUUAUCAUCUUCUUUAACCACCCCAGAACAUACAGUUCGGCUAAAUGGGGCAAAACUUGAAUGGGCAUCCAAGGAAAAGUCCAGCAAAAAGAAUGUUGUGAUGCUGAAAACUAAUGAUGGGAGUGAGUAUCUGAUCCACCAUGAUUCAGAGUCUAUUGCAGCAUCUUGGUUUUCAACAAUAAAGUCUAGCAUUGGCAGAAAUUCCACAGAAAAUGUAUAUGAGGCUGAGACUUUCCCGGAAGUUGAAUCAAUUGAAAAGUUAGGAAUAAAAGAUGACAAGGAGAAAAGGUUGCAAGCUUCACAUAGUACCACCAGUAUCAAUUCUGAUAGUGAUAGGAAUGUCCGAGCUAAACUCAAGAAGUUCUUGCAGAGACGGCCAACAUUACAGUCUGUUCGAGACAAAGGUUAUAUUAAAGACCAAGUGUUUGGAUGCCAUUUACACCAGCUGUGCGAAGGAGAAAAGCAGAAUGUACCGGCUUUUGUAACCAAGGCUAUUGCCGCAGUGGAAAAGAGAGGUCUGGAUAUUGAUGGUUUAUAUAGAGUUAGUGGUAACCUAGCAACUAUACAGAAAUUACGCUACAAGGUGGACCAUGAUGAAAAUAUCAACCUAGAAGACGGGCGCUGGCAAGAUGUUCAUGUCAUCACCGGGGCACUGAAGCUAUUUUUCCGAGAGCUGCCUGAACCACUGUUUCCAUACAGUCACUUUGAUAGAUUCAUUGAGACAAUAAAAAUAACUGACCAGAACCAGCGAAAAUAUCAAAUUAAAGAACUGGUGAUGUCAUUACCUGCCCCAAAUUUGGAAACCAUGAGAGUUCUUUUUAAGCACUUAUGCAGUGUGAUUGAACACCGAGAGUCCAACAGAAUGUCUGUCCAAAGCAUUGCUAUUGUGUUUGGGCCAACUUUAUUAAGGCCAGAAACUGAGGGUGCAAGUAUUGCCAUGUUUAUGGUAUUUCAGAGCCAAAUUGUGGAGCAGAUUCUUUUGCAAUAUAAAUAUAUAUUCAACAGCUAGUCCCGUCUUUAGCAGACACUUACCGACUGUGACAUGAAGGCGCAGGCUCGUCUGAACAAGUCCUUUUUUUGCUCUGUUUCAUUAUUUAAGUUUAUGUCUUUGUAAAUAUUGUGCUAUACAUGCUGCAAUUAAAUAUGCUAAUAUAGUUUACCAUGGCGAGGGUCUCAUACCCAAAAGGAUUUCACUUUGUUAUUUUUACUAAUUCUUUCACUGUUGUAUCCUUGAUAAAAAAUGUUUUAUAAAUUUAAAAAAAAGUAAAUAUUUUUAAACAGAAAUUUUAUUAAACCAUACAAGUAUGGAAUGUCAUAAAAUUGUAAAAAGAGAACAUUUGACAUGUUCAGCUACUGAUAAAGAAAAUUAUAGUUUUUAAAUGGUGUACAGAAAAAAAUAAACCAUUUCUGAUUGUCAA